AUGGCUUCCGAGGAUUCUACCGAAGACUUUGUAGUUGUUAACGAAAAAGAUAACGCAGAACGAGAAGCACUGACUAGGCUGCAAACAGCAGCGGAUGUGCUCGGUAAAGCUCUCGCGGUACAGGUAGCGAGUACGGAGGAGAUUCGAGCGAAAUAUGUACGCAAUCUGUGCUCCAAGUUGGUGAGCGCCAGUACGGAAACUGCGAAACUGCGGGCGGAAGUUGAAGCUCUCAAACUUUCCGCCGAUAAAAAUGAUAAAGAGAUGAAGGCAAGUUUAUAG